AUGCCAACUGGCAUUGCGACAAUUGCCGGUACAGAAACACAAACUGCAAAGUCUACCUGCGUCAGCCCUUCUACACUCUGGAGCUGUGAUCUUCCGCCGGCCCAAGAGUCUGGAAACACACCUUAUGCGGCAGACAACCCCAGUUUCCGCGUCGAAAUCCGUUUUCGCAAUGGCACCUACUCCAAUAGUACGGAUACUGUCACCUCAACCACGACACGCAAGCUCCGAAGAGACAGCGGCCUGUAUACAUCCGAGCCGGCUGCCCCAAGCCUCGCAGACCAGGCCUUCAUCGGCAACACCACAGAUGGUAACUCAAUCCCCUACGCCGGCGAAGCCACACCAUUCUACAUGACACUUCUCUCCCCCAUUCACCUUACCAGGUCAAGCCUCUUCCGACGUUCAAGCACCACUACCUCAGCCAAUCUAUCCACAAUCAUCCCAGCACCUGACGAAGAUUCCGAUGGCGCCGCAGCCGCUGCUGUCCUCUACCCUCUCCCAGAAUCCCAACCCAUCCGCCUUUAUAAUCGCGGCCAAUCAGACGAGCACUAUGGCUUCUACACCUACUACGACAAAUCGAUCUUUCUUGCCUCCCAGGCCUCUUUGAAUGGACGUCUCACCGACAGCGAAACGAUUGACCAGAGCGGUGGUGUCAGCAGAUCCGCCGCAAAAGCCAGAUGCACCUGGUCUCAAACACGCUUCCUCGUUCAAAUCUGGACGCAGCCGGGUAAGAUGGGCUAUGACCUCCUCUCCCCAUCGAACGGGACAAGUACCUCAUCUUCUGCCACGCCGACAUCCACUUCUUCCACAGCGACAUCUUCAUCUUCAGCGACCAAUUAUACCAGACCGGGCUCAUUCCCGUAUCCUGUGACUAUUACGAUAGACCGACACGGUGGUGAUACCGAUAAGAAACUGGUCUAUUGCUACGCGAUCGAAGAGAACGGGCAUUACAAUGUCUCGGACUCUAAGUUGCAGGCUGAAUAUCGGGGCGUUGGCGGAACUUGGAUUAAUCCAGCGAAUGGGAAUGAUGUUAGUGGUGACUCUACGUAUGGGGGUAUCGAUGGGGGAACUGGGGGUUGUCAGUGUCAGUGGGUGAAUUGGAUAUCUACCUCUUAG